AUGAGAGGUUCUGAGUUUUUUGGUUUAGAGUUUGGUUCUGAGUUUUGGUUCAGAGUUUUGGUUCAGAGUUUGGUUCUGAGUUUUGGUUCAGAGUUUCAGUUCAUAGUUUUGGUUCAGAGUUUUGGUUCAGAGUUUUGGUUCAGAGUUUUGGUUCUGAGUUUUGGUUUUGAGUUUUGGUUCAGAGUUUGGUUCAAAGUUUGGUUCAGAGUUUUUGUUUAUGAGAUUUGUUACGGCAUAGGCAGGGGACUGGUUUUUGUAGCAGCAAAUGUGCAGAUUUUUGUCUUAUGGGCUGCAUUUUGGACUGUUUUGCAGGGUAGAAUAGGACAACAACUUGACAUGGUCUUUGUUGAAACAAGGUUGGAGAAAAUGGACAGCAUUAUACUCAAGAAUUGGACUGUUAUUGGAUUAAAACAGUGCUGGAAAAAUGGGCAGCAUUGGGAAUAUUUUGUAGCAAGAAUAAUAGCUUGA